UGAGAACUCAAGAGGGCUCUGAAAAUGGAGAGCGACGACGAGAGUCCGGUGGUUCUGAUAACGGGGUGUUCUCAGGGAGGGAUUGGUCACGCGCUGGCGCGUGAGUUCACUGAGAAAGGAUGUCGGGUGGUAGCGACGAGUCGAUCACGGAGCACCAUGACGGAUCUGGAGCAAGAUUCGAGGUUAUUCGUGAAGGAGCUUGAUGUGCAAUCUGAUCAGAAUGUGAGUAAGGUUUUGUCGGAGGUUAUUGAUAAGUUCGGUAAGAUCGACGUUCUUGUCAACAACGCCGGAGUUCAGUGUGUCGGCCCACUGGCGGAGACUCCAAUUUCCGCCAUGGAAAACACAUUCAAUACCAAUGUCUUUGGUUCCAUGAGGAUGACUCAAGCUGUUGUACCUCACAUGGUGUCUAAGAAAAAAGGAAAGAUUGUCAACGUUGGAAGUAUCACUGUUAUGGCACCUGGUCCAUGGGCUGGUGUCUAUACAGCUACCAAAGCUGCUAUUCAUGCUCUUACCGAUACCUUGAGGUUGGAGCUCGGGCCCUUUGGGAUUGAUGUCAUCAACGUUGUCCCGGGAGGAAUAAGAACAAACAUAGCAAACUCAGCGGUGGCAACCUUCAACAAAAUGCCUGAGCUGAAACUAUACAAGCCUUAUGAAGAAGCUAUCAGAGAAAGAGCGUUUAUAUCACAGAGGAUGAAGCCAACUCCUGCAGAAACAUUCGCCAAAGACACCGUAGCUGCAGUGCUGAAGAAGAACCCACCCGCUUGGUUCUCUUCAGGCAGGUAUUCAACCCUCAUGGCAGUCAUGUACCACAUGCCUCUAUGGCUCAAAGAUUUUCUCCAGAAGCAGGUUUUAAUGAAGAAGUGAUUAUCAGGUUGGGGUUUAAGACAGAAUGUAAGAUAAACACGAAUGUAAAAGAUUUGUUCAAAUUGUUAAUUAAAUCUUACGUCUCCA